ACAUAAUAGUAACCUGUGUGAUCUGUGGUAUCAUUCGCAGGUAUCAUUAAUCAGUAACCUAUUUUGGCAGUAUAUAUCAAGUAAAUUAAAAAAAAAUGGCAAAAGUUGAUCUGGAACUGAAAAAAGCGUUUGCUGAGCUGCAAGAGAAAAAAAUCGAGACUGAACAGAAACUGAAGAUUUCCGCAAUUCAAAUCGAGGCGUUAAAAAGGAGCAAACAGCACGCUCAGUUCACUGAAAGGGAGAUCGCAGCUCUAGAUUCGGCAAUCAAUACAUAUGACUCAGUGGGUAGGAUGUUUGUCUUAACGCCCAAAGCAACUAUUGAGGAGGACAUUAAGAAAAAACAAACAACAGCUGAAGCGAAAAUUAAAACCCUAGAAGGGCAGAUGGUAUAUUUAUCAAACUCACUAAAAGAGGCUGAAAAUAGCUUAAGGGAAUUGAUACAGCAAAAGAAGGAUUCCUAAUAUUUUACUAUGUUGAAAUUGCACUUUUGAUGCGUUUUUUAAGCUUUUAUCAUCAUUUGGAAUUCAGUACACCGUCGGUAAUCCGAACUAAUUAUUGCAAGGGCAAAUUCGUAUUUUCGAAUUGUUCGGAUUAACAAACUUUUUUUGCGUUACUGUAAUUAACUUAUUUUACUCCUGAUUUUAUUAUGUAAAUUGAAAAUUUUUAGGUGAGAAUGCAUGCAUUAAAAGUCUAACUUUGUUUAUAAAACGGCUUAAUUUUUAUAUAUACGUAAUACAUACGACUCAAAAUUA